AUGGCGAGCUUCUAUGAUCUGCCAAAGGAGGUGGUAGAGGAAAUCAUGUCGCGGGUGCCUGCAAUUUCUGUACUCCGAUUCAAGUGCGUCAACAAAUAUUGGCACGCACUUAUAAGUGCUUUGAUCAAUGAUCAAAUAUUUGUUUCUAAACACCUCGACUACGCGAAAAACAACUGUCAUGCAUCCUUAAUCUUUAGUGAUGAGUGCCCGCACCUGGACCACCGCUGGAUAGACUGCGACGAAAGCUGCAAACUCUUAUUGAUCACUAUGGUCAAUGAUAGUGAAAUUGAUAAUAUUCGUGUCGCCCUUGAAUUUCUCAAGUUACCACUUAUUCAGAAUGAAACUGGCUACAUGUGGCAGGGUAUUUUGGACAUUCGUCAAUGUGAUGGCAUCAUUCUUCUUGUCAAAGACAAACAAACCUUAGUGUUGUGCAAUCCAAUAUUACAUGAAUUCAAAAUUCUUCCGGCAUCAAAGUAUGACCCCAUUGAUAGUUUCGUCGAGCUGGCUAGUCCUUUCGGAGUCGGAUUUGGAUAUGAUCAUAGAGCUAAUGUUUACAAGACUAUUAGGGUUUUCUAUGAUCACGAUAACACCACCGAAAGAGCUGAGAACCAGCGAUCAAAGCGUUGUUUCAGCAAUCCUAAAUUCGCAAAUGUAAUAGCUAACCGGAAAUUUUCUGCGGAUUUAAGAUUUGAUUUGGAAGCGGAAAUGUCGAGCUUCCACCAUCUUCCAACAGAGGUGGUGGAGGAGAUCAUGUCGUGGGUGCCUGCCGACGAGCUAAUACGAUUUAAGCGCGUAAGCAAGUCAUGGUACGGUGUUAUCUCUGGUCUCAUCGAUGAUCCAUCAUUUGUAGCAAAACAUCUCCGCCAUACGAAGAUGAGGUUCUCUUCAUCCUUAAUUUUCACUCACUUUUGCCCCCAUCUGGACCAUAAUGGGGUAGAUUGCCAAGGAGACAUAUUCUCAUUGGUCACAGUAUUGAAUGGUGAUCACGACGAUGAUCGUAUUCUCUCUGUUAUUGAAGAACUCAAUUUACCACCACCUCGGGAUGGAGGCCAUAAUAGGUUGGGUAGGUGGCGUAUUCGUUAUCAUUCUGAUGGGAUCAUUUGCUUAGUUCAAGAUGCUCGUACCAUAAUGGUUUGCAAUCCGGUAUUGCGGGAAUGCAGGCUUCUUCCAUUAACAAAUUAUGCCCGAAAUGUUGGAGAAUUUCUUCCUUCAGCAAUGGGAUUUGGAUAUGAUUCCAGAGCUAAGCAAUACAAGGUUGUUGCAAUUUGGAAUUGUGUAACUGUGAAAGUUGAGGUACACACACUGGGUACGGAAUCUUGGAGAGAGUUUAUCUUGCCUCGAGACAUGGACAUAGCAGAAUUUGUGUAUGAAGCUGCGGUAUAUCGGAUGGGAGUUUGUUAUUGGGUAGUGCGGGAUUUUGAGGGUCAUGACAUGAACCUUUGUUUUGACAUGUCCGACGAGGAAUUUUAUGUCACACAAUUCCCAGAUCUAAGUGAUAUUAAGUUCGAGGUAGAUUGGGCGGGGCUAUCGGUCUGGGAUGACUAUGUUGCUUUAAUUGUGUGCUUUAGAGAUUAUAAUUGUGAUAAGUAUCCACUAUUCGUUGAGAUAUUUGUGAUGGUUGAUAACUCAAGUGGUGAUAAAGGUGCUUCUUCUUGGACCAAACAGUUUUCUAUCGGACCCAUAGUAGAUUUUGUGAGUACAUUAUCAGUCAUCAAGAACAAUGAAUUUCUCAUGCAAGAUAGAGAUAAACAGCUGGUCUCCUACAAUCUUCACACGCAAAAGCGUAGACAUGUCGUCAUUCAUGAUGUAGAUCGAUUGCGGCAUUGGGCUUGUUUCUAUGAGAAGAGUCUGGUUUCUGUUAAAAGUAGAUGAUCAUUGACUCGAGAUUUCAAGCAAAAAGGAAGAAACUCUCAAUUCUGGAAGUAGCUUAAUGAUGAACCAUUAUGGACCGAUGCAUCUUUCAAUCUUCAAGCUUUUGCCUUUUCUUGUUUCUUUUGUUAUUACUAUAUUUUCUUGUAUAUAGCUGUCUUAUGUGCUUAAACUCUCGGGGCGUCAAAUUAUUUUCCAUUUUGGAUGUAAAAAGAAAAAGGGACAAGCAACAUGACAUAGCAGUGGUGUUAGUUUUUCCUUUUAAAUUAAACAAGAAGUUUGGGGUUUCUGAAUCAUAGCUAUACUUGAAAUA